AAAAAUCACACGCACGCGUGCACAUUCAGCACACUGUCUCACACAUCCACGUGAGAGAGAGAGAGAGAGAGAGAGCGAGGGUGAGAGAAAGGGAGAGAGAGAGACACAUUGACAGCGUGUCCCGCACGGUUCGCAGGAUGCCGGAGCCUCUAGUGUAGUAAGUCAAUGUGCGUGUGCGCCUCUACGUGUGCGUCCGGCGUCCGCUCGCCUGCCUUUUCUUUUCUCCUCCAGGAAUAACGGGACACCGGGAGCUCUAAUCACACAGAGGCAGGUUGAGCUCCCCACCAUGCGCGGGGCCAGCAGAUAUUGCAGUGGAGAAUCCGCGGUAUAGGCGCGCGCGCGCGCGCACACACACACACACACACGCGCACACACUGAAGACUGGAUUACAACAACAGUGAUUUGAUUCGCAGCCGCGCGCCCGUGAAGUGUUAAAAACGGGGGAUUUCAUUCAGUAUUUUUUUUUUUUUUUGGAGCCGGUGGAAAUACUUGAGUGCCAGAGGUUGGGGGUGAUUUUUCUUUCUCGUGUUGGUGCAGGGUUUGAAAGAGUGAUAACCACCACAGGCUGCAUGGUUCCUCGGAGGAGAGAAGCGGCUGUUACUAUGUCAUCUCACACCACUGUUUUGGAGCUCCGUGGAAGGGAGAUGCUGGGAUGAAGUGGUUCGGCAGUAUGUCCCUCAGCAGCAAAGGGAGUAAGAGGAGGAGUAGAAGGAGCAGCUGGAGCAGCAGCAGCAGUGGCAGUAAAAAUGCACUGCUCCCUUUGGCUCUGCUGCUGGUGGUGACAAUGGUCACGGACCCCGCGGUCGCCCAGAAGCGAACAGGUGGCGCCUCCGAAAAAGUUCCCGUCCUGAACAUUGCAGUGAUCCUGGGACACACGCGCUACAUCUCAGACCGGGACAUCCGGGCGCUGUGGAGCAAGGAGGACCCCAUCGACGUCAACGUGGUCACACUGCUGAUCAACGAGACCGACCCGAAAAGCAUCAUCACUCACAUGUGCGAUCUGAUGUCCGGGACCAAGAUCCACGGCGUGGUGUUUGGGGAUGGCACCGACCAGGAGGCCGUCGCCCAGAUUUUGGAUUUUAUUUCCUCGCAGACGCUGAUACCCAUCCUUGGCAUCCAUGGAGGGUCUUCCAUGAUCAUGGCUGAUAAGGAUGUAAAGUCGACAUUCUUCCAGUUUGGCGCCUCCAUCCAGCAGGAGGCUCUGCUGAUGCUGAACAUUAUGGAGGAGUACGACUGGCACAUCUUCUCCAUCGUCACGUCAAAGUUCCCGGGCUACCAAGAGUUCAUCAACAUCCUGAAAACUACCGUGGACAACAGUUUUGUGGGGUGGGACCUGCAGAAUAUGAUCACGUUGGACGCGGUGGAGGAGGACAGUCGGUCUCAGAUCAUGCUCAAGAAGGUCCAGUCUCCAGUGAUCCUGCUCUACUGUUCCAAGGAUGAGGCGGUCUACAUCCUCGAGGAGGCACGUUCUCUGGGCCUCACUGGAUUUGGAUACAUAUGGAUUGUGCCGUCGCUCACCACUGGGAACCCGGAAAUAACACCCGGCGAGUUUCCGUCGGGAAUGAUUUCCGUGUCCUACGACGACUGGGACUACCCACUAGAGGCGCGAGUUCGUGACGGUCUAGGGAUCAUAACCUCAGCGGCAGCAGCCAUGUUGGAGGAGUUCGGCGACAUCCCCGAAGCCAAAACCUCCUGUUAUGGCCAGAUGGAAAAAACAAACAAGCUCCCACCCAGCGCACUACACAAGUACAUGAUGAACGUGACAUGGGAUGGCAGAGAUUUGUCAUUCACAGAAGAUGGCUACCAGGAAAACCCAAAGCUGGUGGUCAUUGUUCUCAACAAAGAAAGAGAGUGGGAGAAGAUGGGAAAACUGGAUAACCGCAGCCUGACACUGAAGUACCCAGUGUGGCCGCGCUUCAACUCCUUUGGUGACGCUGAGCUUGAUGACAACCACCUGUCCAUUGUCACCUUGGAAGAGAAACCCUUCGUUAUUGUGGAGGAUGUAGAAAGGCUCACCGGCACCUGCAUGAGAAACUCCGUCCCCUGUCGAAAGCAUAUCAAAGACAACACAACCGAGGCUGGGGGGACAUACAUCAAGAAGUGCUGUAAAGGCUUCUGCAUUGAUAUUCUCAAGAAAAUCGCCAAAUAUGUCAAGUUCACCUAUGACCUGUACCUGGUAACCAAUGGCAAGCAUGGAAAGAAGAUCAACAAUGUCUGGAAUGGGAUGGUGGGAGAGGUGGUCUAUAAGAAAGCCGUCAUGGCCGUCGGAUCUCUGACGAUCAAUGAGGAGCGUUCUGAGGUCAUCGAUUUCUCCGUCCCGUUCGUGGAAACCGGGAUCAGCGUCAUGGUCUCCCGUAGUAAUGGAACUGUGUCCCCCUCAGCCUUCCUUGAGCCAUUCAGUGCAUCAGUGUGGGUGAUGAUGUUUGUGAUGCUCUUACUGGUGACUGCAAUGGCUGUCUUUAUGUUUGAGUACAUCAGUCCUCUGGGCUUUAACAGAAACCUGGCACAGGGAAAAGACCCCCAUGGUCCUUCUUUCACCAUGGGUAAGGCCGUGUGGCUGCUGUGGGGUCUGGUCUUUAACAACUCUGUGCCAGUGCAAAACCCGAAAGGAACCACCAGUAAGUUCAUAGUGUCUGUGUGGGCCUUCUUCGCUGUCAUCUUCCUGGCCUCCUACACUGCCAACCUGGCCGCCUUCAUGAUCCAGGAGGAGUUUGUUGACCAAGUCACUGGGCUCUCUGACAACAAGUUUCAGAACCCGUAUGCGUACUCUCCUCCGUUCCGCUUUGGAACAGUUCCAAACGGAUCCACAGAAAGGAACAUCAGGAAGAACUACCCUGCCAUGCACCAGUACAUGGUGAAAUAUCAUCAAACUGGGGUCCAGGAUGCACUGGUCAGCCUUAAAUCAGGUAAACUGGACGCCUUCAUCUACGAUGCUGCAGUGUUAAAUUACAUGGCCGGCAGAGAUGAGGGGUGUAAGCUGGUGACCAUUGGCAGUGGGUACAUCUUUGCCACCACCGGUUAUGGCAUUGCUCUACAGAAAGGCUCCUACUGGAAACGUCAGGUGGACUUGGCCAUCCUGGCCAUCAUCGGAGAUGGUGAAAUGGAGGAACUAGAAGCCCAGUGGCUGACUGGGAUUUGCCACAAUGAGAAGAACGAGGUCAUGUCCAGUCAGCUGGAUGUGGACAACAUGGCCGGGGUCUUCUACAUGCUGGCCACGGCCAUGGGGCUCUCCCUCAUCACCUUCGUCUCCGAGCAUCUCUUCUACUGGAGACUCAGAUACUGUUUCACUGGAGUCUGCACCGGCACGCCAGGUCUUCUGUUCAGCAUCAGUCGGGGGAUCUGGAGUUGCAUCCAUGGAGUCCAUAUUGACAUGAAGAAAAAGACAGAUCUGGACUUUAGCCCUCAGGACAAAAUGCUUAAACUCAUUAAGUCAGCCAAACAGAUGACCAACAUGUCUAACCUGAGUGGCUCCCGGAUGAAUUCGCCUAAACGUGAGUUCAUGCACUCAGCUGGCCCAAUGAUCAUGGACAUGAUGGCAGAGAAGGGCAACUUCAUCUAUGCUGACAACCGAAGCUAUGCUCCCAAAGAUAUGAUCUAUGGGGACACUAGUGACCUGCAGUCUUAUCUGGCUAAUCGCCAUAAAGACCACCUCAACAACUACAUCUUCCAGGGUGGUCAGCAUCCUCUGACCCUAAAUGAUGCCAAUCCCAACACAGUCGAGGUGGCAGUGAGUGCUGAUGCAGUCCAAACUAAUGCCAAGCCACCCCGGACCCUGUGGAAGAAGUCAGUUGACACUCUCCGUUCUGUUCCACCUGGCCCCCCUCCAAUGCCUGACAUGCUGAUGCCUGAUCCACGGAUGUCGAUGAAGACACAGCGCUACCUCCCCGAGGAGACGGCCCACUCUGACAUCUCUGACUGCUCUAGCAGGGCAGCCUCCUACAAGGACCCAGAAAACAACAAGCACAUGAAGCCCAAGGACAACUUAAAAAAAAGACAGGUGACGUCAAAAUACCCAAGAGACUGCAGUGAGGUGGAGCUGUCCUACUUAAAGACUAAGCAGGUCAGUGGUGGAACCAACCAAACUGGGAGAGGAGGAGGAGGAGUAGGAGUAGGAGGAGAAAAAAUUUAUACUAUCGACUCAGACCGAGAAAUGAGCCUGCACUCAGACCCCGUUCACUACCGUGAGAGCCGCGGUCUUGCUGCAGACGAUUUGGAUUACCCCGAGAUCUACUCUGACCACAGUGACAACUAUAGGAAGUGUGAGCAGCCCAUCAUUCAUCUUAACUCCUCACCUUUGCAUCACAUAGACUCUGAUCUUCUGCCAGACCCAGCUUACUCGAAACACUAUAGUCUGAAAGAGAAAAACAUUUCCUUGUCUCCACAUGAAACCAUUGAUCGCUACAAACAGACUCACUGCCGUUCUUGCUUGUCCAAAGUGACCCCUGGCUACCCAUCUGCAGGGCAGUUUACGCCAACUGGAUCUGCUUCAGCCUCUGCCACACGUUCACCUUAUAAUCGGUGUGAAGCAUGCCUCCACAUGGCCAAUCUGUACGACAUUAGUGAGGACCAGCUCCUCACAGACCCUUUAGUCAGCCCCACCCUGCACCAUCAACAGCAGCAGGAACCAGACGACAUGUUUGGUCUGUACUGGCCACAGACGGAUGGGCCACAUGUUCAAAAGAGAAACCGCUUGAGGCUGAGCCGUCAGCACUCCUUUGAUAACAUCAUGUUAGAAAAGCCUAAAGAUGUAGACUUAGGCCGACCAGCGCGUAGUGUCAGCCUCAAAGAGAAGGAUCGUUUCCUGGACUCCUCAUCUGAUUCGCACUAUGCGAACCUCUUUGGAAUGCGUCCUUACUCUGGCAGACUGUUUGGCACUGGGUCCAAAUCAAUGUUUAACCACAACUUGGAGGAGAGCAAGAGGAGCAAGUCCCUGUACCCUACCCAUGGCUCGGAAAACCCUUUCCUCAGCCACUCGCUCAGGGAUGACACCAGCAGCAGACUGGUUCAUGGGCGUAGCUCCUCUGAUAUUUACAAACAGCUGGCAGUUGCUUCGCCUGCAGCGGUCCUUGGGGCGGCCCCCAUCAAAACACGCAACGAUGCGAACAAUCUCCGCUCUUCUGUUAAAUCCACCACUUCAUACUGCUCACGGGACGGGCGGAUAACUAAUGACAUGUACAAUAAAGAGCAUGUAAUGCCUUACUCAGCCAAUAAGACUAGUGCAUACCAAGCCCCACGAGGCGUCCUAAACUCAGCCCAGUUCAGCAAUAGACGGGUGUAUAAAAAAAUCCCCAGUCUGGAGUCAGAUGUUUAGUUGAUAGAAAAAUGUGUUUUCUCCUCCUUACUCCUCUCUGGGUUUGUAUUAUAAUUUAUCAACUAUGUUAUCCAGUAAGGGAUUCCAUAGCCACACGACAUUUUUCUUCUUCUCUUCGACACCGUAGCCCAAAAGAACUUGUGCCCACUCUGGUAUGACACUACUACUAUUCUCAUUGCAGAUGAUAUCACCAUUUAUAUCCAUUAUCUGCCAUGUACCAAUGAGUUGGAUGCAUGGCCGACAUUCUGCCAUGAGGUAUGCAGGUGUAAAGCAAAGGGGAUUUAUUAAACCCUUAGUUUUAGGAAAGAAGUAGGAAGUGGAAUAGUCCCAAUAGCGGGACCAAGAAGACUUAUGUAACAGUAAGGGAGUACUCCUAAGAGAGUUGUUCAGCAAGAAACAUUUGAUUUGUGAUUUAAAUUAGGGAGGAAAUGGUAGGAUAGAAAAGGGAAUUUUUACAAGGGGAGAAUGUGAAGGAAGAAGGAAGAUAACCUCCCGUUCAGCCACUCCUCAUUCUUAUCUUUUUCCCUUUCCACCACUGUCAAGCAAAGGCUCGCUACAUGAGGAAAAGGGGCCUGACAGGGGGACCAGAUGGGCAUGUUUGAUGUUGUGGCCAGACGUGGAGGUGUCCCAGGAGGGCAGGGACGUCACAGUGACCUGGUCCAACAAUCUGCUUCUUGUUACUGUGACAAAUAUGGCCACUGAGACACCUGGCAGUGCAAAGGGAGAGACAGGGCGAAAGGAGAUGAGUGGCUUAACAACACUGGGUGGAGCAUUCAGUCCUUUUUUGGCAAUUUGGUAACGUGCGUAUGGUCAGAAAUUGCUAAGCCUGUGCAAAGGGAUGUGGUAGUAAUGAAAAAUGGAGAGUAAUGUAGGUUCCGUCAAUGUUUACAGACUGAUAGAUGGAAAUGGCAGACUGACAUGAAAACAGAAAAGCAGAGAAACUCUGUGUUGUUGGUGGGCAUUUCAUUCGUGACACUGCACAUAGAAAAAAAUAGCAAAGUAUUGCUUUUUAUUAUAUUAAACUA